AUGGCACCGUCAAAACUCCUCCUUUCCUUCUCAAUCCUGCUUUGCUUCAUCUCCUUCUCAGCCUCAGCAAGACCCUGCAAAACCCUUUUCAUCUCCUCUUAUUCCCUCUCCAUCAAACCCGUUAACCCUAACCCUAACACUAACACCCCGUCUUCGGCUUUCUUGAUCGUAACCGAAAUCCAAGAAACCUCAACUUCCACCUCCUCCUUAACCUUCUUUAACCGCAGAUUCAUCCCUGUGGUCUCAAAAGAUAAUUACCGAAAUACCCAUGAAAUUCCUGACAAGAAGGGUUUCCUAGAAACUGCUCGCCGAGGCGAACUGGGGUCGUUUUGGGAGGGAUUUAGCAGUUAUGAUUUGAGUUCGUUGCGUGAUCGUACUAAGGAUAUUCUUAGCGUGGUUGUUGCUUUGCUUUUUGGGGUCGGUUGUGGUGCCCUUACAGCUGCUACAAUGUAUUUGGUUUGGUCUUUGUUUUCUCCGUCCCAGUCGCGGUAUAGUGAUUAUUUUGAUGGAGAUUUUAGUGAUGAUGAGGUCGAGGAUGUGAAGAAAAUUGGGUAUGUCAAGAUUCCUGAGGCAGAGCAAGUUAAAGGCGGUUCUGCAUGA